GACGGAAUCACCUACUGUACAUACCCCUUUCCGUGCCACAACCGCUCGACCGACGCCGGUAUCAUUGACUCCUGCUUGCCCCAUAUGGAUAAAGCUCUCACAGGUACGUACACCAAAGGGUCACAUCAACACAUGUCGAGGAAUUGUGUAGGUAUGCUUUGGUGCCAUCCCUUCUAUAGGACAGGAAUGUUCCAUAACGACUCAUCUCACAGUUUGUAUGCCAGCUCUCGUUCUACCUAACCUAGCAACAGCUCUCGUCCAAAUCAUCACAGACAAUACGGGUCACAACAGGACGUUACGUACGUACGUAGCCAGUGCAACGAUCUUCAACCCAAGUGACAAAGUGGAAGCCAAGGCUGAGCUGAGCGCGUGGCACCCCUGUUGAUCCUCAAGUUGCGAGUCGUGAACAAUGUCGUCACUGCUGUCAUGACGGCAACGCCUCUUCAAGACGAGAAGGAUAAGACUUCGCCUUGCGAGCCACCGUCAUCACCAUCAGUUUGCGAAAGCAGUGAGACCACAACACCCUGGCCAGAUGGGCAAGUGCUUGAUGCAACGCCUAAGCACAUACAUACAUGGAGGCAGUGUGUACACAGAACCAUUGCGCUGCAGCAUCAAACGCCCCAUUCACUGUACCAUGUCCGUCUCCGUUUCUGAGGCCCAGUUGGAUUACAAACAUGUUCGGCUCUUCUAGAAAAUCUAAGACGCACGUACAUACACGCAUUCAUUCCCGACACUUUUCAGCCACAUGAGGCAUUGAUCAGGGACCACUCAGCGCAUGAACCUUGUGCGUUAUCAAUUCGCCGUCUUAUCCCAAUGGCACAAGCCGGUGGUAGACGACUGAUCAACGCGAAAAAGAUUCGACGAUAGAAGCCUUGGCGCGCCUGCCCCAUCCAAUUAGAUCACUGCCCUGGGGCAGUUUUCACAUCAAUUGAUAUCUUUCGCAGUUACAUCCCACUUCUGCUUAUCAUGAAUUUACAAAAGAACCGACCGCAAAGGCUUGACGACCGUCGUCCAAGAAACACACGAAGCAUCAUCUCCGGAGCUACCACCGCAAGGCGCACAGCACUGCCGUCGGUACAUCCGAACACCGAAGCCCGAACACUCUGAACGCUACCUGCAGUCCGCAAGGUACUGUAGCGGUACUAGCUCUACGUCAGCUCGAGCUUGGCCCUCUCUCUCCCGCACUUCGACAACGACCGGUCGUCGAUCACGCAUCGCUCAGCCCACGUUUACCGGGUGCGCCCACUUCUCCAGCCUCUCCGCUGUAUUGCGUGCUGGAUGAAUGUCUGGCAAGGCCGAACGCCUCAAAGAUGAGGGUUCCCGCCUUCAGGUGACAGCCGCCGGCGCAACGGCCGGCUUGAUCUCUCGUUUCGUCAUCGCCCCCCUCGACGUCGUCAAGAUCCGCCUCCAGCUGCAACACCACUCCCUCUCAGACCCGCUCCUUCACCAGCGUCGCGCCGAAAUCAUCGGCGGCGGGCCCGUCUACAAGGGCACCCUUCCUACAAUCCGACACAUCCUGCGCACCGAAGGUCUCACAGGGCUCUGGAAGGGCAACAUCCCCGCCGAGCUUCUCUACGUCUCGUACGCCGCCGUUCAAUUCACCACCUACCGCUCCAUCACCCAGUUUCUCCAAGCCGCUUUCCCCAAAGACCAAAACAAACAACUGCCCCCAUCGGUCGAGUCCUUCAUAGCCGGCGCCUCAGCCGGUGGCGUCGCCACGGCAGUUACCUACCCCCUCGAUCUACUACGUACCCGCUUCGCCGCGCAAGGCGUCGAGCGUGUCUACCCUUCUCUUGUACAAGCGCUCAAAACCAUUUACGCCUCUGAAGGCGUCACGGGUUACUUCCGCGGCCUUGGGCCCGGGUUGGCGCAAAUCAUCCCUUACAUGGGCACGUUCUUCUGCGUGUACGAAACCCUUCGGCCCCGGCUCUCCAAGCUCGAGCUGCCCUACAGCUCGGGUAGCGCAGUGGCAGGCGUGCUGGCGAGCGUGAUGGCCAAGACAGGCACGUUUCCGUUGGAUUUGGUGAGGAAGAGGAUCCAAGUGCAGGGACCGACGAGGGGAAUGUAUGUGCAUAAGAAUAUACCGGUUUAUGACGGGGGGAUGGUGAAGACGGUAGCGACGAUUGUGAGGAGAGAGGGGGUGAGGGGACUGUAUAGAGGACUGACGGUCAGCUUGUUCAAGGCAGCGCCAGCGAGCGCAGUUACAAUGUGGACUUAUGAGAGGGCGUUGAAGUUGUAUAUCAGGCUUGGAGCGGCGGGGCCGGGACGGAAGGAGGGGGUAUAAUUCCAAAUAACAACGACGGUUUUGCGAGUUUUCAGCGGGUCGAUAAGCGAGGCGCUAUAGGUACCUAGAUAGACAGCGCGGUGAGUUAGCAAGCACAGGCGCCGAAUUCCAUUUGUUUUGUUUUG